GCAGGGCAAGGAAUAACGUCAGAGCUCGUUCAUGUGCUAUCAGCUGAUUGGAGAAUGAAUUCCGAUUUGCAUGCAUACUGCCACAUAGGAGUAAAAUAGUUACGGGAAAGACGUGACGAAGAGGACGAAGUUUAUUGUUCAAAAAUAUCAAACAAGUCUGAGUAGUGAACGUUACGUUUCAGUAUAGGAUUUUUCUUUUCCAUUCUCUCGCAAUGGAAUGUCGAAAUGACGGGUGUCCCAGGACCCACGAGGAUGACAUCAUGGAUAUCCCCCUGGAUGACCCCGAGGCCAAUAAGGCUGCUGCCAAGAUCCAGGCCAGCUUCCGUGGUCACAUGACUCGCAAGAGAAUGAAGGAAGACAAACCCAGAGAGGAGAAGCGACGGGAGCAGAAGUAGAGGAGAAGAGAGAUGAAGCGUCAGAGCUUGAAUUGUUAGGUCGUGGUUCCUGGCAGAAAGAUGCAUGCCACUCCAAUAUCAAGAGCUCUUUUCAUGAAGAGAAAACAUUUCACUGUACCGUAUAACACAAAUAGAACUAGAUCUAGGUUUGGAAGACCCCCACGGACUCUCUUUCUCUAAAACAGACACACACACACACACACACACACUUACUCUCUUAUUCACAAACACACUCUCCUUCCUCCCCAAAUAUCGGGGUCGAUAAAUGUCUAUGACCCAAAAUAAUAUUUUACAGCAUUUUACAGCAUGCACUCAAGUGGAAAGUACAUUUUGAUGGAUUUGAAGAGCAAGUGUAAUAGCAAGUUGGCAAGGUGUGGGCAGAUGAUUUGGGGGAAUGUACGUUUGUACUCACUUAACUGGCUAUAUAAUCGUAUACAUUUUACAAUAAAGAAGUAUGACUUUUCUGA